UCCAUGCCCCCUUUCUCUUCCAGGAAGGGGUUUCCAUUCAGCAUCCCAGUGCAGAGUGUCCAGGGUGUGACCCAGUGGAGAAUGAGAAGGAAGAGCCUAGUGACCAAGGUGGGGGACAGGACACAGCUCAGGAGCAGCCAGCGCAGGACACUGAGGUCCGGGCCACUGUGGUCCGUGCCAUGCAGGAGGUGCUGUGGAAUCGCCUUCAGGAGCUCCCGGACCUGGUGCUGAGUGAGGAGACAGUGGAGGGCAUUGCUGCUGGCAUCGAGGCAGCCCUCUUCAGACUAACACGAGCCACCAACUCCCAUUACAAGGCCAAGUACCGCAGCCUGCUGUUCAACCUACGUGAUCCCAGGAACCUUGACCUGCUUCUCAAAGUGCUCCAUGGAGAUGUCACCCCCCACAGCCUGGUGCGAAUGAAUUCCAUCCAGAUGGCCCCCCAGGACCUGGCCCGCUGGCGGCACCAGGAAGAGAAAAGGGGCCUGGAGAUCAUUGAGCAGCAGCAGAAGGAGCCGCGCAGCCUCCCAGCCUCCAAACUGACCCACAAGGGGGAAGUGGAGAUCCCGAGGGACACAGACCAGAUGGGGAUGCAGGAGGACCUGGUGGGACCCAUGGUGUCCAUCGGCUGCAGCCCCCUGACCCUGCCUGCCAUGGCCAAGGACACCCCAGAGCAGCACCAGGACAGCACAGCACAGCAUGAGCACCACUUCUUAGACCCCCACUGCCGCAUCUGCAUAGCUGCUGCCUGCUUUACAGACUGGGGCUCCUCAUGUGAGCUGCCAGACUCCAAAGCCACAAAGAGAAAGGAGGACAACAUCUUCCAGAGAGUCCUAAGCUCAGCCCUGAUGUCCUCUCCAGAGAUGCCCCAGACGAAGGAGAAGCCUCCUAGGGAGCCCCAGGACAGGCUCCAGAUGCCUGCUGGGCCCACAAAGAUCUUGCCUAGCCAGCCUCCUUGGGAGGGUACUGUGGACAUGUUCUCUAUCAAGCGGUUCCGGGCCAAGGCCCAGCUGGUCUCUGGACAUAGCUGUCGCCUCAUCAUGGACCUGCCUGAGGUGAUCCAUUCAGCAGGCUGCAUCCCCUCUAACACUGUCUGGGACCUUAUGGCCAGUGUCUGCCCUGCUGAGGCCAAGGACAUCUGCGUGGUCAGACUUUGCCCACAUAGGGCUCAGGAUACCCAGAACUGCCACCUGCUCUACUCCUACCUCAACAACAAGCAGCGCCAUGGCCUGGCAGCUGUGCAACACAUGGGUGUGAUCCUGUUGCCCCUGCCUGCUUUCCAGCCCCUGCCCACCCGGCUGCGCCCUCUUGGAGGCCCAGGUCUGGAUGUCACUCACUCAAGCCUGCUGCUGGCUGUGUUGCUGCCCAAGGCAGGGAUUCCAGGUUCAGCGGAGUCCAGCCCUUUGAAGGGGAAAGUUCGCAAGGUGGUUUCCUUCAACAGGAAAGUGCAGACACGGUGCUACCAGCCAGAUGACAGGAGGUCAGGUGUGGCCCCAAAGAGCAGCCCUCCCCCAAGAGGUGCCCUGAGGCAGAGUCAGGACAGUGGUAGCCUUACUCCAAGGGGAAUAUGUGCAUGGCAGAGGCCCCCCAGAGGCAGAGUGAGGCUGUGGAGAGAGCCUGAGACCUGGCAGGGCCCUGGGCAUGGACAGUGCCCCACUGAAUCAGGUUGGUGUCAGUCUUGGCAUCACCAUUCAGCAGCAUCAGCUGGUAAUUGCCAAAGCCAUGAUCAGCACCUCUGUGGGGCUUCCUGUCCCCACCAAGCCCUCCUCCGCCAUCUUGAAUCCCUGGUGACUAUCAGCCACCAGCUCCAAGCCUCACUAACGUCCCUGGGCCAGAAGCCCACCCUCUCAUCCUCUACAGUAUCUUCCAGGUCCCCUGAAACCCCUGGAAUUCUUGGCCUCCUUUGUCAGCCUCCUGCAGUUGCACAGUCCCUCAACCUAGCCCCUGUCUCCUCCUUAGACCCUGCAGAGGGAGCAGGCUCCGAGUGUCCUCUCCCUACAGAGACCUGACCUUCAUUACCCAGCAGAAGAGGGGUUUUAAUUUCCCUAGCUGUUCCAGGGAGAGAGAGAAGUGUAGGGGAAGAGGAGGGUCAUCUCAUUGCUUGUUUGAGUUUCCUGUUUCAUAGUCUGUUUGGUCUUGAUGUUUGGUUCAAUAAAAAUGUUGGAAAGUUG